UUGUAUGAACCGGUCCGACUCCAACCUGACCAAUAAGCAGGAAAUUCACAAGACAAAUAUGAAGUUCAAAACAAACAGAAGUCUCAUCUUAAUUUGCCAUGAUUAGAGAAACUCUCAUCUUUGUUUUCCUGCUAGUCUCCCAAAGUUGCAAUGCUUUUGAAACAAACCGCUGUGCACCUUCAGCAUGCGGCAAUAUCCGGAACAUUAGCUACCCUUUCAGACUGGAAACUGAUUCAAUCAACUGCGGAGACCAUAGAUAUAACCUUUCCUGUGAAAAUGAUUCGACGGUGUUGAAUCUAUAUGGAGGAAAAUACUACGUCCAGGCCAUCAAUUACCAUAACUUCACGAUCCGACUGGUGGAUGCUGGCGUCCGUCAACAUGAUUGUUCUUCCAUUCCUCGUUUUCCUUUGUCUCGUUACCACUUCAAAAAGGGAGAUCCAUACUCUGAUUACAAUUAUAACUGGAGUGACGAAGAAUUGAGUUAUUCACUUUCACUGGGGAGUAUCGUGUUCCUCAAGUGCCAAAAUCCAGUGAAUUUUUCUCUCUAUCCACAUAUGGAUGCUGCACCUUGCAUCAGUACUGGACUCAACUAUUCAUAUGUGAUGGUUACACGAUGCCCAUGGGUAUCUAAUCUGAUGGACUUGUGCAGCGUGGAGAUGAUGACUUUAAUUCCAUCAGCAGCAUUGGAUUAUUAUUCAUGUCACGUAGAGAAAAAUGUUUCCUUUAAUGAAAUUCACAAAUAUCUGGCGUUUGGGUUCGAGAUUUCAUGGUUCGAUAGCCUCUACUGUGUUAAUUGUACAUAUGGCUGCUACCUGGAGAACAACACCAACCAUGUUCAUUGCAUAACAUAUAAAGGUACGCAACACUUUCAUCUAUUAAUUUUCUUACACUAUACAAUUUAUUGCACAAUUAAAUUUAAAAAAUAUAUAUAUAUUAUUUGAAAAUUAAUUAAUUAAUUAAUGUCAGUUUACUCAUUAUAUAUUACUUCUUGUAAUAAUUCUUUUACUCUUAUCUUGCUUGUGUAUUUUAUAUCUAAAUUAGUUUAUUUAUAAACAUUGUGUCAUAUGAGCACAUAGGCAUAAGUGUAAAUACGUGAAAUAACAAAAUACAUGUUAUAGUGCAUAUUUUGCAUCAAUAUUAUAUAUUUCUUUCUGAAUAAAUACAUAUUAGUAUUUUAUUUUUUAUUAUUAUAAUAAAUGAAUAGUUCUUAUAAAUAUUAAUUUAAUUGUUUCCUCAAUUAUUUGCAGGUAAGAUUGACAUAGGAUAUAGACUCCGAGGUAAGGCCUCUCUUUCCGUUUAUACAAUAUGUGAUAAUGUUUAAUUAAUUAUUAUUUGCUAAGUGAAUUACUAUUAGAUAUUUUUUUAUUUUUUUAAAUUAAUUACUUAUUUUAUAU